AUGGCAAAAACUUCAAAUGCCGAUGGCACUUUCUCCAUACCAAAAUUGGAGGAUAUUCUGCGUCACCCCGAGGACCUGGACAAGAUCAACGGUCUCAAGACUGAAUACCAGCGCAAGAAGGCCGCUGUCGACUCCCGGCUUCGAGAGGGACUCCGCGAACAACUUGAGGCAGUACAGCGUAGUAUCGGCAUUUUGACAGAAGGGCAAAGACAAGUUGCAAAGACCAAGGAUGAAUUGCAAGGGAUCGACAAGCUAUGUGCCGAGUCGCAGGCUAGCGUGGGAGACUUUGCACAAAUAGAUAAGCUGGCUAGGAUUCAGCGACACUUUCAUGCUACGUUGAUGAUGAAGAAAGGACUCGAAAACUUCAGUGGUGAUCUGGAGGAAGUGGAGAAUUUACUCAGGGAAGACGACGAUGACCUUGAGAAUCAGCCAAACCUACUCAAGGCGCAUAUGAACAUUUCUCGGCUACGAGACUUCCGCGACGAAGCAAUGGAUCAGAUUCGCAAGGCGAACGAUCCCAGUGCCGAGGAGACGCUGACAGAGUACUUCCAAAACCUGGAUGCUGUGAUUGAUUGGUUCGAUGACCACCUUGGUACAGCCUGCAUGAAUUUGAUUCCACUUGUUCAAGAAGAUAAUAAGAGUAUGGUUGUCCGACUGGCAGUGGUAGUCCUGAAUGAGGAGAAGAACGAUGAUACCGUUCGGGCUCUGCAGGUAGCCCAGAAGGACCAUAAAGAUCUAGCGAGUCGUUUCAAGUCAAUGAAUAUUGGCCCGAAGACCGUUCGUGGAUACAAGGAGAAGUUCUUCCAGGCAAUUGAAUUCUACGCCCAAAGUCAGUUCGACAACACGAAGGACGAAUUUCUUGGCGAUCCUGACCUGUUGGAAAAGAGUUUCCGAUGGUACUUUAACGAUCUCUUCACUGUGCAAAAAGGAAUGCAGAACCUUGUUCCAAAGAAGUGGAAGAUUUACAAGUCGUAUACCGAUAUUUAUCACCGCAUGAUGCACGACUUCCUUGUUGGCAUGAUCGACGACCCUGAGAUUCCUGCUGAUAAUCUGCUCAAGAUCAUUAAUUGGAGCGAGAAGUAUUAUAAGAAAAUGAAGAAGCUGGGCUGGACACCGGCGAAUCUUCAACCUAACCUUCUCGAUGAUCGCGAGCCGGAAUUAGUGCGACAAUGGCAAAGUGUUAUUGUCAACGCGGUGGAAGAAUGGAUGGAUCGUAUUUUCGAAACAGACAAGAAAGGUCUUGUGGAACGUCAAGCAGAUGCUCUGGAUACCAACGGAGAAGGUCAUUUCCGCACAAAGAUGCUGGCAGAUAUGUGGCGCAUGCUCCACGAGCAGCUUCUUGCCGCAGGGGCGUCUGAAAGGGCCGAUGUCGUGGAAGGUGUCAUCGAUGCCAUGUUCCGGGCACUGAAGAGCCGACAGAGCGCAUGGCAGACUCUAAUAGACGAGGAGUGUGACAAGGUCAAGAUCCCUGGUAUCGAUCAAGCCGAAGGAGUGCAGUUGCUGCAGGACUGGUUGAUUGGUGUAGCUAAUGACCAGAUUGCCUGUAUCGACGACAACGAGGAGACAGGCCAAUUGGGCUACCUGACCAAAUUCAAGCGUGAUCUUGAGCAGCUGGUCACACCCAAAUACAUGGCAACAAGGGCAAUGGCCGAGUUGGAUGCACUGCGUGAUGGCUAUGUCGACUUGAGCACGCACUGUCUGGCGCAGUUUGUGGCCGUUAUCUUCCAUGUGGAUCUCAUCACUGUCAUUCCAGAUCUGUUCACAGUGAAAUGGUACAGUGAAUAUGCUGUGAAGCGCAUCACUUCUACUUUUGAAGAUUAUAUGGCAGACUACACCCCAGUCCUACACCCCUCCCUCAUCGAUAUCCUCGUGGAAGAGCUUUCAGACGAACUACUAGUACGGUACUUAGCAUCGGUCCGCAACAAGGGAGUCAAAUUCCGCCGCAAUGCCGACCCCUACACAGAAAAAUUCAAAGACGAUGUCCUCACCGUGUUUGCCUUUUUCCAAAGAUUCGAAGAUUCCUUCGAGGGCACCAUCAAACAGAAGUGGCGCUUAGUGAACUGGCUUGUUCAGCUUCUAGAAGCGGAGAAGGGUCCGGGCCUUGUCAAUGUCUACGAGUCAUUCAAGGAGGAGUACUGGGAUCUGCAGCUGUCUUGGGUUGAGGCUGUGCUGCGCACUCGCGAUGACUUUGAGCGUAGUAUGAUUAGUGCAGUGAAAGGCAAGGCUGCUGAAUUGUCGGUUGAGAGAGGUAUGGAGACUAUGAUGAGCCGAUUGAGGUGA